CUGAACGAUGUUGCACUAUAGGAGAGACACAUCUACAAUGCAUAUACGAGGAAGUAGAUGCAGCUUUCAGCCUUUUACUACUGCUUGUGCCGCCUGCUCAUAUGUCGGUGGCGCUACAGGUUCAUAGUUUUCUUCAAGGUCUCAGCUAACCACCUGUUCAUUCCUAUCUUUCCUUUUAAGUCCUUUGUCAUGGGUCGCCUGAAUGGGUGCUCUGCUAUUGCACUGGCAAGCAAGGACUACCUUACCUGGGCUCACUUCCCUUCGAUCUAUUUUGAACAAGAUACCACGUAUAUAGAUACAUGGAAACACUUUCUCUCCGAGAUUGAGAGCCAGGCUUGGUCGGUAGGUAUCCUCGACCUAUAG